UGAAUACGUUGGAAAAUUUUGUUGUUGGCACCACUGCCGUCAGGGCGUCCCACUUACAAAUCACUUAUUGCAUACAAUCACCCUCUAUUUGGAGAAUUGGGCUCCGGGAUUGUUUACGGGCAACACACUUUAAAAAGCAAUAACCGCUCACUUCGGUUCCCUUCGAUUUCUACCCUACGAACGUCUGGCAUCUAUCGUCUAAUCCGCUACUACCGCCAAAAUGAAGGGUCGUCCGGUUGAUCAGAUCGUCUUCGAGUGCAUGUUCCCUAAACCCCGACCGAGCGAUCCGCAAAACUUUCACACUCUCCUUCACCGAAACCUAAUCCCAGAAGUUCGUCAAGAAGUCCAUUCCUUCUAUGGCCACCUCGACACCCAAGAAGCCAAGUAUCCUGGCCUAGAUUACACCCAUCGCAUCCACCGCAUACGGCUUAGCCGCUGGCCAUGGCAUCGACGUCUCUUCCGAACAUUCGAUGCUCUCCGUCUAACCAACAACGAAAUCUCGAACCUGACUAAAUGGGAGGGCACCAAAUGGGCGAAGGAGCGUUUCGAGCGGGAUUCCGAUGUUAUAAUCUAUGAUACUGCUUUCGACGAAAUUGCAGAGUGGGUCGAACCUGAGGAUAGACCGCAGACGGCUCGUGCGACGCAAACUGGCACCUUGGAGGACGACUCAGCAACACCAGAUGAAGAAAUGGAGGGCGAGGAAGAAGAUAGUGAUGGUGAGCUGACGAGCGUUGGUGUUUCCCUCAACGAGCGCCUCCGCGAACGAGCUGCGCUUCACGAGGCUGGCGACACCUCUCUACCUCUGGACGAAGAGUGGGAAUUGUGGUUGAAGAACGCAAUCGAGUCCGGCGAACUUCCUUUCCUCACAGAGCAGAUCGUACGGGAAUCAAAUAACGUCGCCCUCAUUCCACAAGCGCUCUUCCCACCACGGAUGCUCAGCGCAGCACGAGCUGGCAGCUGGGGCGACAUCCCGGACUUUCUCCAUGGCGUACUCCGAUAUGCUCUGGAGAACGAAGCGCCGAGCAGAGGACAAGAGUCGAAUGGUCGUUCUUCUGGGCGCAUUGCCCAGGAAAGUGGGUCAAGAAGGAGUUCCCGACGCGAUUACUCGGAUCUACGGCUCCCAAGUAGCGAGGCUAAUACCGUUGCUACUCCACGAGUUCGCCUACAGCGAACAGCACAGCCUGGUACCCAGGCCUACAUUUCUCUUCCGUAGGAUAUUGGCAAUUUGAAGUUAGGCAUCAGACUCAGACGAGAGGGUGAGGAGGACAGGCGCAAAACUUUUCGAUACCCAUACCCCAACCGAGUUCUUUCAACUUCCGACCCGCUCUUAGUGCAUGGCCGCCCAGGAGUCUUCA